AUGUACACCUCCAGCAUCAUCAUCUUCGCCCUAAGCGCUCUGACUGCCUCUGCGGUCCCCGCGACACCCUCUCCUCUCCUCUCGCUGAAGGCUUACUGCCCCGGCAAGUACUUCGUCAACCCUCAGUGCUGCUCUACCAACCUUGGAGUUGCCGCAUUGGACUGCAAGAUUCCCUCCGGUGCUCCCUCCAGCCUUGAGGACUUCCAGAGUACCUGCUCUGCUGAGAAGCAAACAGCUUUGUGCUGCCUCAUUCCUCUCGGUGGUGCCGACCUUGUUUGCCGUGAGCCCCAGCAGAUCUAA